AUGGCGACAACGGAUGCAAUUGUCGAUAUGCUGACAAAUUUUGAAGAAACCGAACUAGCUGUAAAUGAAUUUGUAUCCGAUUUUCUUGAUGUUGAUGUCAGUUUAGAUGCUUUGAUGGAGGAAGAAUUCAUUGAAGUUAUUGGUCCUAUCAUUCAUAAUCAGUUUGCUUCCUUAGUGGUUCAAAUGCCCACCGCAAUUACCAGCAUUUCGCGACUCAUUGAAGAAGUUAAAAUGGUUGCCGUAAACGCAGAAGCUGAGAUUUUGAUAUCUGUAGCAAACGAAACUAAAAUGCAACGGCUCAACAUUAAAUUACAAAAAGUUGGGCAGAAACCACGUGAAAAUUUUGAAACAGAAAAGAAACUAAAAGAUACGAGGAAAAAAUCACAAGAAAUUGAUGAGGAAGAGAAGCCUAAAGAAGUGGAAAAGAGAAAGAAGAAAGUACCGAAAGCGCUUAUCAUUCCAGCAGAAAUAAGUUCUAAAUAUGGUGAUAAGAGUACACUUCUGUCCGAAACAACUAUGACAACAAGAAUUGCGAUGAAUGAAGUGAUGGCAGAAGUUGAAACAUCACCAAAGAAAUCACUUUCUGCCUCUGUUGCAAUGAAGAUAGAUUCAGCGAAGCGUCAUAAAUCCAUCAAUCGUCGAUCAUCUUCCGCAGAGAAAUUCACAUUCAAAGAAACUGAUGACGGAACAGAAUUGAAAUUAGAUGAAGAAAAUGUAAGAAAAACAAAAAAACGAACCAGUUUACCGCCGGUUCCUAAAGUAAACAAAGAGAUAGAAAUGGAGUUACUUUUUAGACAAAAAGAAUAUUUGGAAAAUAUCGAUUACAUUUUCCCUGUUAAUGUUGUAGAAGAAUUUGCAUUUACUGUACAAGCAAAAACAACGAGUCGAACGAAGAAGAUGGAAAAAGCAAGAAAAGAUUUGGAGGAAGAGAAACAAAGGAAAAAAUCGAUGAAUGAAUUGGAAAAAAUUGAAAUACAAACAAUAAAAGAAAAUGAAAAUGAAGAACCUUACGAACGUGCUCGAAAGAAGCGUAUUGGAUUUAUUCAAGCGCCUGAUAAAGAAAUUAUCGCAUUCCGCGGUGAUACAAUUAAAAUUGAAUGUGAAUUGGUAAAUAAUGAUGAUUUCAUAUGGCUCAUUAAUGAUAAACCUGCAAGCGAAAAUUCGAGAUGCAUUGAGGAAGUUAAUUCAUUGAUAAGAACGCUAACAAUAACAAAUAUUGCACCAGAAGAUGAUGAAAUGAUAAUUGUUGCAAAAGUGGACGAUAUUAUUGCUGAAACAAUUAUUCAUGUAGAAGAUACACCAGCAGAGAUUAUCGAACCAUUACCACGUCGCAGUUUUGGCAAAUGCGGUGAGAAUGUAACACUUGGAAUAUGUGUCACCCAUCCAGCACAGUCUAUUGUUUGGGAAUUCAACGGUGAGAAAUUGUCGCAUAAUGAUGAGAAUUAUGUCAUUGCCGGAGAAGGCAAUAUUUACACAUUAACAAUCAAGAAUGCUCUAUAUGAUAAUGCUGGACGCUAUUCCAUAAAAGUUGAUUCGUUAGAAACUUCCACAAUGUUAAUAAUGCAAGGAGCACCUAUUAUUGAGAAACCGGAAUCGGAAAGUGUUAAUUUUGAGACUCAUGAAAAUCUUCUUCUCAAUAUUCCUUAUAAAGCAGUACCAGAACCAAUAGUUGAAUGCUUCUUUAAUAAUGAACCAUUGGUAGUUGGAACAAAAUUGAAGCUUGAAAUUAUCAAUGAUAUGGUUCAAUUCUGUAAACGGAAAGCUAAUAAAAAUGAUAUUGGUGAAUAUACUUUUAAAAUCAGCAAUGAAUUUGGCGAAGCUACCAAAAUUUUCACUGUUAAUGUUAAAGAUAUAUCUGGCGUUCCUGAUAAUCCGCGAAUUAUGGAUAUUUCUUGUGACACAGUAAGUGUAGAAUGGGAUGCUCCAAAAGAUGAUGGUGGUAGCAAAAUUAUCGGUUAUGUCAUUCAGAAAAAAGAAAUUGGUCGUCGAACAUUCCACCAUGUUAUUCAGGUGACAGAUGACAAGACCAAUUGUCUGAUUGAAGAGCUUGAUGCUGACACCGAAUACAUUUUUCGUAUUGCUGCAAUUAACAAGUAUGGCACUGGAGAAUUCGCCGAAUUUCCUAUCGUACAUACUAAUAGAGCACCAGAAGAAUUACAAGAAAUAUCGGAAGAGAAAAAUGACUUAGAGGAAACUGUGGAAAAAAUGGAUGAACACGAAUUAAUUGAACCGAAAAAGACAAAGGUCAAGAAAGCUGUAAAGAAGGAUGAAUCAGAAAAAGCUGAAUCACUUGAAGGCGAAAUGAUUAGUGAGGAAAUUGCUGCAGGAGAUAACAUUUCGCCAGCAAAACUAACAGAAGAAGAAAAGAAGGUAGAAAUGACAGAGUUCAAAGGAGAUGCUGAAAUCGUCAAAAAUCUCGAACAGAAUGAAAUAUUUGAACUCGAAGUAGGGAAAGUUGAGGAGAAAUUGACUGGAGUUAUAGGAUCUGGAGAAGAAGUCACUGUGGUGGAUAAGGAGAAGGACGAAAAGUUGGAUACUAGGAAAAAGCCGAAGAAAACAAAAAUAACGAAAUCAAAGAAGGAAAAGAGGCCUUCUGAGGAAAUAAGUCCAGCAACAGAACAGAAAUCUGUUGAUCGUGCUGAAGAUAGCCUUAGUAAGACUUUAGAAUCAGUAAGCGAAGUUAUCAAAGAUCAUGCUGAACAGAAGAAUGAUGAUAGGAUUUUGUUGGAAGAAGAAAUGAAACAUGGAGAUGAAAUAGACAGAAAAAUAUUAGAUAAUGAGAAAAGAGCGCAUGUGGAAGAAAUAGGAAGAAAAACAUCAGUUACAGAUGAAAAAGAAUUUAAGGAGAAACCUGAUAAAAAAACAGAUGAAAAGAAGUCUAUAGAUGUGGAAUUUGAGACGGAAGAGAAUUUUGAAAUGAAGAAUAAAAAGGACAAAGAAGUUGAUAUUAGUGACACUUCUGAAACUGUAAAAAUUGAUAAAAAAGCUGAAGAAAUUGCAUUAGAAAAAGAGCCAACGGUUGAGAAAAAAGAAGAAAUUAAAAAGAAGAAAUGUGGUAAGGAAAAAAGCCGAAAAACUACCAUCAAAAAAUCUGAAGAACCAAUGGAAACCGUUGAGGUUACAGAUGAAAAUUUUGAGGUGCAGCUUGAGCAACAAGAAAUUACUGCAAAAGAAAUGGUAACAUCUGAAAAAAUAAAGAUUAAAGAGGAAAAAGGCGAAGUUGAAAAUGAUAGAUUCGAGGGGAAGUCAAAAGUUAAGAAAAAGAAGGAGCAAGAUGAGAAGACUGCUCAGGUAAUUAGUAUAAACGUAUUCUUCAAAAACACUCCAAACAUUGAGAUUGUUGACUCAAUUUUGAAAAGCAAGAAUGCAAUUUCUGCUAGUAUGAAAACUGUUUCGAAGGCAAAGAAAUCAAAAACAUUGAUAAAGAAGAAACCAGAAGAAAUAACCGGAACAGAGCAGGAAAAACCUGAAGCCGAAAAGCUAGAAGCAAAGUUGGAGGCGGAUAAUAAAGUUGAAAAAGCACAAGAACAUGGAAAAGAGAAAGAUGAGGAAGAUGCAGUCGCAGUCGAAACAGGAAAGUCUGUGGAAGAUAAAGAAGUGAAACCGAAAAAGAAGAUUGCCGGAAAAAAAGUCUCUAAAAAAGCAUCACAGAAGCCUAAGGCUGAAGAAGAAAAAGAAAAGACUGGAGAUGAUGAUACAAAACAGAUUACGGAUGAGGUUCGAGAGGAGAAGCAUGCAGAAGACAAAAACAUGAACGGAUUCAAAGAUGAAGAAGUAAAGGAAGAACAAAGUAAUGCUGAUAUCGAUGUUACUAUUGAUAUACCAGCAAUUCCGGUAAGUAAAAUGCUGGAACCGGAAGACAUUGUUGCAACGAUACCAGUGUUACAGACAGAUGAGAUACCAAUCACACGACGAAUGCAUAAACGUCUAGGUGGCUUUGCUGUUCUUCCGGAGCAGGAAAUUUUAGCAUUAAGGAAUGAUACGGUUAAAAUUGAGUGUGAAGUUCUUAAUGAAGAUGAUAAGAUUAAUUGGAGAAUAAACGGGAAAUCAGUUAUGGAUGAUAUACGAUGUACGGAAGUUGUAGAUGGAUAUCUAAGAAUUUUACAAAUUGAAAAUGUUGUUCCAGAAGAUACCGGUACCAUCAUUACAGCUAAUCUUCAUGAACAUUCUGUAGAGAGUCGUUUGAUUAUUGAAGAUGUACCAGUGGAAAUCAUUAAAAAAUUACCAUAUAAGAUAACCGGUAAAUUGGAUGAUUUGAUAAAAUUGUCAACAACCGUAUCACAUAUGGCUGAAAAUUGCCAGUGGUUUUUUAAUAAUGAACAAUUAAUUAAAAAUAACGAUCAUUAUGAAGUUAAUAUUGAAGGUAAUAUUUGCAAUUUGCUGAUAAAGAAUUUAACUUACGAUCAAGCCGGUCGUUAUUCCAUGAAAAUAGAUUCUGCAGAAACUUCAACUACUCUAAUUGUUGAAGGUGCGCCAGUAUUACAUGAAAUAGAAACAAGUGCAACAAUGAUCAAUCUAGAAUCACAGGAUAAUUUAAUACUUACAAUACCAUUUAAAGCAAUACCGGAACCAAUUUUGGAAUGUUUUCUUAACAAUGAAAAAAUUCCGACUAGUUCAAAGACGCAACUCGAUAUUUUCAAUGAUAAAGUAUGCUUCCGCAAACGUAAAGUAGACAAAAGUGAUGCUGGCGAGUAUACGAUCAAAAUUAAAAAUGAUUUUGGUGAAGUAUCACAGACAUUUUCUGUUAAUAUAAAAGAUGUACCGGGAGCUCCUGAAAAUGGACAUAUCACCGAUAUUGGCAGUUGCAGUGCAAAAGUUCAUUGGGAUGCUCCAAGUGAUAACGGUGGUAGUGCGAUCACAGGUUAUAUUGUGGAGAAAAGGGAAGAAUCGAGAAGAGCUUAUCACCGAAUUGCUCAAGUAGCAAGUGAGCAAAUGGAUUAUUAUAUGGAUGAUCUGAAGAUGAAUACAUCAUAUAUGAUCCGAAUAGCAGCUAUGAAUAAAUAUGGCACUGGUGAAUAUUUGGAAUGUAUUUCGUUUCAAACAUCUCUGCCAUUCGAAGCACCGUCUGUGACACAUCCGCCAAUCAUCAGUAAUGUCACCGAUCAGAGUUGUACAUUAAAGUGGCCUAGAGUAACAGAAGAUGGUGGUUCAUCAAUUUAUGGAUACGAUUUGUUCGUACGAAAAGAUAAAGGUGGUUGGAUGAAAGUUAACGACGAAUUGAUAUUCACUGAACAAUUCACUGUUUCUAAUAUUGAAGCUGGGCCAACAUAUGAAUUUAAAGUUGAAGCAACAAAUGAAGCAGGUCUUACAUCAAAAUCAGAUAUCAUAUCAGAACCAUUGAUAAUUUUCAAAGCAGCAGAAUUGCCUGUUUUGAGCUUACCUACAGUAGAAGUUGUAAGCGGAGAUGCAGUUAGCGUACAAUGGAUUGAAGCUCCCCGUGAGGAUUGCAACGUGACGUCGUACGUAAUUAGGUACAAAUCAGAAAAGGCAUCAGUUUGGUCAGAGAAAGAAAUAGAACAUUCACCUGCAGACAUAACUGGUUUGAGAGAGGGACUAUCCUAUCUUUUCAAAGUUGCGCCAAAAAGUGGUCCAACUAUUGGUGAAUUUUCCGAAGAAACAAUACCGAUACGUAUAGUUGCAACUAAAAAACCGGAAAUAACAAAAGGUAUCAAAGAUAUCUCGGUUUCAUGCAAACGUGAACUCAAACUGGAAUGUCAUGCAACUGGUGAACCUGCUCCUCAAUAUAUCUGGUAUAAGGAGGAUCAAGAAAUCAUUCCAGCUAACAAGAAUAUUGAGAUUAUUAACGAAGGCUUUAUGAGUGUUCUCCUAAUUCAUCAUACAUCAACAAUGGAUGCUGGUUUGUAUAAAUGCGAGGUUGUUAACGAUCUUGGUUCAGUAGAUUCAGAGGCUACUGUCACUGUCACAGAGGUACGCGCACAUUUUGUUUCUUCAUUCCCUGAAUAUCUGGAAGUUGACGAAGGAGAAAAAAUUGGAUUUUCAUGUGAGCUAUCCGAUGCUGAUGCUUCUGUUAUUUGGCUAAAGGAUGGCAAACCUUUACGAUCAGAUGAUCGAAUAACGAUCAGUGAAGAUGGCAUUGAAAGAAAGCUUACAAUUAGAAAUUCGAUACUUGAAGAUAGUGGCAAAUAUAUAUGCAGUACUGUUGAUAGGAAAGCUCAAUCUGAAGCGGAAUUAAUUGUUAAAGAAGAAUUGCCACAUAUCAAGAGAGGUCCACAAGAUCAAAUUGUUACUGAAUUUGGUACUACCAUUAUGUUGAAAUGCGAAACUACUAAGCCAGUGAAAGUUGUAAAAUGGUUUAAAAAUAGAAAAGAAAUUUGGCCACGACAAGAGAAAUUCAGCAUGAAUGUGGAGGAAACCGUUGCAACAUUAACGAUUAUGGGAUUUGAGCUUAAUGAUUGCGCCGAAUAUACAGCAGCACUUCGUGAGGAUGAAGAAAGUGCGCCAGCUAAAGUAGAACUUAAGAUAGCACCAAUAAUCAAACUAUCGAAAAAUUUACCAAGUAAUAUGCUCAAAUUGCACUGUGGCACUGAUUUUGAUAUCGAAUUUAUUUAUGGAGGAUUUCCUGAGGUUGAUAUCACAGUAACUCUUAACGAUAAGCCACUGAAUAAAAUGAGAUCUCGUAUGCAUACCUAUGAUAAUAAGCUAUCAUUACGUCUAAGAAAUGUAACCCAGGAAGAUUCUGGUAUAUUAAAAGUUGUGGUAAAAAAUGAAAUUGGAAGUGUAAGCGAAGAGAUUCAAUUGGAUGUGAUUAGUGUACCGUCUAAACCGGAUCAUUUAACAGCUUUCAAUAUUACAAGCCGUUCGGUGAUGCUCAAAUGGCAGAAAGCAGAAGAUAAUGGAUCACCAAUCAUAAAUUAUAUCAUUGAAAGAAGAACAGAAAAUAUCAAACGUUGGCGCAAUAUUGGAAAAUGUGAAUCGGAACAAUAUGAAUUUCUGGCUGAAGAUCUGUACCCGAAUGAAAGUUACUCGUUCCGUAUUAUUGCCGUGAAUGAGGUUGGUGAAGGACCGCCAAGCAAUGCAGUUGACGUAGUGACCGUAAGCGAAAGUGUUGAUUUAAAGGAAGCAACAAAAUUUCUGCCAGCGCCCAAUUGUUUAAAAGCAACAUUGGUUGAGGAUAAUCAAAUUGUCCUAAUCACAUGGGAAAUAGUUGAGGAAGCUGAAGAAUAUAUUAUUGAAAGGUCGAAAUUAGAAAAUGAUUGGAGUCAGAUUGGUAUAACAGCAGAAACAAAAUUUGAAGAUUCUUUUGACAAGAAUUCGAACUAUAAGUACCGUGUUAUUGCAAAGAAGGGUGAUCAAUUGUCCAAUCCUAGUGAGGAAACGGAAAUGUUGACCGUUCCUGUUCAGAAAGAGAAAGAAGCAAAACAACAAAUAAGUGAAAAUAUUGAAAUGCUUAAGGAAAUUACGGAGAUAACUGAGAUGGAACAGCAAACAUCGGAAAAAUCAGAUGGUCAAGUCAAACAGGAAAAAGCAGUUAAAAAAGUUUCGAAGAAGAAGAAGAAAGAUGAACAGAAGGAGGAAGUUGGCAAUGGUACAGUGAUGGUAGUGGAACAAAUAGAGGAAAUUAAGGAUGAGGAAAAAUAG